GAGAGAAGCACUCCGCACAGCCAUGGCCGCUCCUCGCGACAGGGUAGCGCACUUGCUGAGGCAACUGCAACGCGCAGCAUGCCAGUGCCCAAGUCAUUCUCAUACUUACUCCCAAGCUCCUGGACUUUCACCUUCUGGGAAAACAACAGAUUAUGCCUUUGAGAUGGCUGUUUCAAACAUUAGAUACGGAGCAGGAGUUACAAAGGAAGUGGGCAUGGACCUACAAAACAUGGGUGCUAAAAAUGUUUGUUUGAUGACAGACAAGAACCUCUCCCAACUCCCUCCUGUACAAACAGUGAUGGAUUCCUUGGUGAAGAAUGGCAUAAACUUUAAGGUUUAUGAUAAUGUGAGGGUGGAACCAACCGAUAGAAGCUUCAUGGAAGCUAUUGAAUUUGCCAGAAGGGGAGCUUUUGAUGCCUACGUGGCCAUGGGUGGCGGCUCCACCAUAGACACCUGCAAAGCCGCUAAUCUGUAUGCAUCCAGCCCUGACUCUGAUUUCCUGGACUACGUCAAUGCUCCCAUUGGGAAGGGAAAGCCUGUGACUGUGCCUCUUAAGCCUCUGAUUGCAGUCCCAACUACCUCAGGAACUGGGAGUGAAACUACUGGAGUUGCCAUUUUUGACUAUGAACGCUUGAAAGUAAAGACUGGUAUUGCUUCGCGAGCCAUCAAACCUACACUGGGCCUGAUCGAUCCUCUGCACACCCUGUACAUGCCUGAGCGGGUGAUCGCCAACAGCGGCUUCGAUGUGCUUUGUCACGCCCUGGAGUCCUACACUGCCCUCCCGUACCACAUGCGGAGCCCCUGCCCUGCAAAUCCCAUCACUCGGCCAGCCUACCAGGGCAGCAACCCCAUCAGUGACAUUUGGGCAGUCCACGCGCUGAGGAUCGUUGCUAAGUACCUGAAGAGAUCUUUCCCUAAGGCGGCUCUUUAUUCACUAGGAAAUGCCAAUGUAGAUGUGUUAUUGUUAGGUAUUGAUGUCAUCCACAGGGCUGUCAGAAAUCCUGACGAUCUUGAAGCAAGGUCUAAUAUGCACUUGGCAAGUGCUUUUGCUGGCAUUGGCUUUGGAAAUGCUGGUGUUCAUCUGUGCCAUGGAAUGUCUUACCCAAUUUCAGGCUUAGUGAAGACAUAUAAAGCAAAGGAUUAUAAUGUGGAUCACCCACUGGUGCCUCAUGGCCUUUCUGUGGUACUCACCUCCCCAGCAGUGUUCACUUUCACGGCACAGAUGUCUCCCGAGCACCACCUGGAGAUGGCAGAAAUAUUGGGAACUAAAAAUGAAUCUAAAUCAGGAAGUAACAAAAGGGAAAAGCUAAAAAGAAAACUGCAUUAUGCUCCUCUAGCUCGAGCCGUUGGAGAGAGUAGUUCCAAGAAGGAAAACCUGGAGCUUUGGAUGGCAGCAAUCCCGGGAACAUAAGAACCUCAUAAACCCCGUAUCAUGUGUCACCCUCCAUUUAAUCCAUAUUUGAGCUGCCGCUGUGUAAUACAGACUGGCCUUGUCGGGCAAGUUUUACCUUCCAUCCAGCUGCUCUCCCAACUAGCUCUGUAUCUGGUUCUAUUUAUACCUUUUCCUGGAUAACAUAAACAGGUCUCUGUCAGAGAACAGAAAGGCUAAAACUGAUUUAAUAAGAUACUUCAGUAUGGAGUGAACCAUACCUUCUAGUCUCUUUUUGACCUAUACAGAGAAAGUGGACUUGGACUACAGCAUGAGGCAUUUUGGAUAAUAAAUAAAUAAUGCUACCUUCUGAUUGCGGCACGUCCCGGCGAUGACUGUGUCCAACCAGAAUAGAUGGGGGCGUGCGUGCUAAGGGUUUAGGGUUGAUUCCCUUCAUCUGGGAACUUUCACUGCCACCCUACCUGAGGGCAGAACCCCCUGGCUCUUCCAGAUUGACAUCUCUAUGCUUUUGUGUAUUAAUUAGUAAUUAUGUUUAAAUUCUGCCCUUACGAAUCUCCAAUCCCUGGCAACCUUCUUCCUCAUUCACCGAUAUCAUUAUUAUCUACAUGUUAAAUACUGCUUUCUAAGAGUCUCCUUAUUCUUAAUUCUGCCUGACAGGUUGCAUAAUAUAUAUUUAGAGGGACCUGCCCUUUGGCAACAGAGUCCAAAAAAGUUUUCUAGCUAGAGAGAGGAAAUAUACUCCUUCCCUGGCCACACCUAAUCCAUUUUUUGUCAUUUUCCUCCUUUUUGGCAGUUAAUGUUGGAGUUUUUUGAACUUCUGUAGAUCCUUGUCUCACAAGGUGUUUGCAAAGGGUUUUUCUUCUCCUCCUAAGCUGUCACCUUGAGAAAGGACAUUGAAUGUGUAGACCUCUAGAUGUCAGCAAAUUCCAAGCCUUGAAAGUUACAUAAGCUGUGUUUUCUCCUACAGAUGCUCAUUCCUCCUCAUCCAAACACAAGCCUUCUUUCUUGGUCUCCUUCCUGUGCCUCUUUUCUGGGCCGUUUCUCUUCUUCCCACCACACAGAGGGCGAGCAGCCCACUGGAAAUGUGAGAGCCAAGUUAGCGCCCCCUCCUCCCCGCUCUCCGACUUCUCUAUGGAGGCUCUGGGGGCUCCCAGGAUGGCCUGUCUUCUGCGGGGCUGACAGCUGAGCCGGCCUCCCGGCUGGGGGCACAGCGGUGCCCUUGUCCUCAGUGUGAGGGGCCGGCAGCAGGUUAUGAAUUCAGCUAUCCUUGUGACUGAAUCACACCCAGGGCCAGCUUCCUCCCCUCUACAGUCAGUGCUUUGUGUCUUCCAGGAGCCGACACCCGCACUGCCAGGAUCCCAGAUGCUGGGCCUGUUUUGGCAGACACGCUGCGGAAAUUCUUAUUCGAUCUGGAUGUGGAUGAUGGCCUAGCUGCCAUUGGCUACUCCAAGGCUGACAUCCCCGCAUUAGUGAAAG